AUGUCACGCGCACGGGUCCUCUCCACGGCCGGCCUCAACUCCAUCAUCGCCGUCCAUCUCCGUCACGGCCAGCUGAUCGAUGCGGUCGGAUUGUUCCGAGACAAUCCUCACCAUCUAGACACGAAAUCAUGGAAUCUUAUUCUCUCGGGGUAUGCUCGAAGCGGAUGCAUCGAGUGCGCCCAGAAGUGGUUCGACGAAAUGCCUCAUAAAGACGUCGUGUCAUGGAACACAAUGAUGGCCUGCUUCAAACGCGCCGGCGACUCACUCAAUGCGUUCCGUCAAUUUUUAGAGAUUGUCCGGUCAGGAUUAAGGCCUACUGGUUCGACACUGGCCACCGUUAUCACUGCUUCAGUACCCGGAUCUGCGAUGCUCCCACAGCUUCAUGCCAUUGCAAUCCGCAUGGCAUUUGCUUCCAAUACGUUCGUUGGAACUGCUCUCAUCGGCGGUUAUGCCAGUUUGAAAGAUCCGACUUCUUUCCGUCGGGUGUUCGAUGAAAUUCGUGUUAAGAAUUUGGUAUCCUGGACUGCUUUAAUUAUCGGAUACAUGGAGCUUGGGAGUGUUGUUGAGGCCCGGCAGGCCUUCAAGACGAUGCCAGAGAGGAAUGUUGUAGCAUGGACUGCAAUGAUCAAUGGCUACAUCGAUAAUGACAGCCUUGAUGAUGCAAAGCGGUGCUUCGAUCAGAUGCCUGAGAAGAAUGUGGUGGCAUGGACGUCAAUGAUCAAAGGGUAUGAGCGUGGUGGGCAGUUUGCUGAAGCUCUAAAUUUGUUCAUUGAGAUGCAUAGAUGCUGCAGCAUCAAGCCAAACCAAUUCACAUACUCCGCAACACUCAGUGUCUGUGCUCGGUGUUGUUCCUUUGUUGCAGGUCGAUCGGUCCAUGCACUGCUGUUGAAGUCUGGACUGCCACUUGAUAUGAUCUUAUCAAGCUCCCUUGUGGACAUGUAUGGCAGAUGUGGGGACAUCGAUUCUGCGGUCCAAGUGUUCGAAUCUAUGAAAGUCCAUAAUCUUGUCUCCUGGAACUCCAUGAUCGGAUGCUACGCAAGGCAUGGUCUCUCCAAAAGAGCACUUGAAGGAUUCAAGAGAAUGAAAGAGGAAGGUGUUCAACCUGAUCAUGUGACAUUCAUUUGCAUCUUGACAGCCUGCGUUCAUGGCGGACUGGUUGAGGAAGGUGAAAGGUACUUCCAGUCAAUGCACAGGGAGUUCGAGAUCGAGCCAAGAAUGGAGCAUUAUGGGUGCAUGGUGGACUUGUUGGGUAGGGCUGGACAGCUUGAUGAGGCAGAGAGGCUGAUCAAAGGAAUGCCACUUGAGCCAGACAUGGUUAUCUGGGGAGCACUGAUCGGAGGAUGCAGACUGCACUCCAGUUUGGAGUAUGGGUUGUCUGCUGUUGAAUCAAUCCAGAGAUUGGAGAAGGAUCACCCAGCAAUCUACUCAAUGAUGUUGAGGGUUUAUGGUGAUAGGGGGAAUUGGAACAAAGUGGAUGAGUUGAAAGAGAUUAUGGAAAAGGUAGGUGUUCGAAGAAAGCAGCAGGGAACCAGCUGGGUUGAGUCGCCUCUUAUUGUGCAGAGGUGA